CACCCGGGUCGAUUGCAUUGGACGGACCACCGGAAGCGACUGCGAAUUUAUUACUGCCGUCACAGCGAUAAUAUUUGGCGCAUUUUUGGAGUUCUCCGUCGCUAAUAAUUUCAUGUGAUAUUUUUUGCGGAAUCAUUUCGAAGCCAUCACGGGGAAAAUUUGAAGAUGUUGAUUUAACUGAAGCAGUCUGUGCGAGCGGCAUGGAAGAAGAAAAGAAAGCGGUUGAAGAAGCGCAAGGCAACAUUCCGAGCCAGCCGGAGUCCAGCGAAGACGUUCCUGACAAGGUUUUGGUGAAAAGGGGCAGGGGGAGACCUAAAGGUUCCAAGAAGCCGCAGAUCAGCGUUCCCGACGUGAACCUCAUGGAGCUGGUUUCGGGCAUCGCCAACAGCGGCCCCGCGCUGGGCUUCGAGAACGCCAGCGGCGGCGAGGAUCACACGCCCAAGAAGAGGGGCCGGCCAAAGGGCUCCGGCGGCAAGCGCACGGCAGAAAAGACGGCCGACAACGCCGGCUCAGACACGCCCAAAAGGGGAAGGGGACGCCCCAAAGGAUCCGGCAAGCGCAAGGUGGAGCACAUCGCCGACGAGGGAGAGAACGAUGAGACGGGCCAGACCGACGGUGCCUUGAAAAAGGUGCCCCGUGUCGAGUUAGGCGACGGUGAGAACAAGUCGCCCAACGGCAUCGCCACUCCCAGGGGCAGAGGAAGGCCGAGAAAGAGCAGCGCCGAGCGACGUCCGUCGCCCGCCUCGGACGGCCCCAAAAGAGGGCGAGGCCGACCGAAAGGCUCCGUCAACAAGAAGCCGCCCAUGUCGUUGGCGCUCUUUCAAGCGGGACGCCCCCGAAGAAAGCAGAUCCCGCCCUCCAGGCUGGUCAUACGUCUUCCGGGGAAGAAAGGGAAGCGCGGCAGACCCAGGAAAAUACCCGCCGGGCGGGGCCGUCCCAGGAAGUACCCUCUGCCGUCCUCGGAGGACUCCAAAAACAGAGUGUGGAAGCCGCUGGGGAGGCCGAGGAAGCAUCCCGUCGCCGGUGCCCCCGGGGGGGCCCCGGUCAUCCGUCGGGGCAGAGGCCGCCCGCGCAAGUCGGAGGCUCAAAAGCGUCCCGGUGCCUCGUACGACGGACCCCCGCGUAAAAGAGGCCGUCCUCGGAAGCACCCCUCCGAGCCCGCCAAGCCCAAAGUGUGGAAGCCCCUCGGCAGGCCCAGGAAGUAUCCUCUGGUGGAUCCGCCGGAGGGAGCCCCCCCACCGCCCCGCCGCGCACCCGGCCGACCGCGCAAGUCCCAAUCCAAACGUGGCGCCCACCUGCGCAGCCCCGCCCCCUUGUCGCGCCCCCUGGGACGCCCUAGUUUGACGGAGGACGGUGUACCGCGCAAAAGGGGGCGCCCUAAAACCUCCGGCAUCAAGAAUGAAGUCCAAAACGAGGCCCAGCCGGACGGCGCCCCCUGGAACCAUUCCGACGGCGCCGCGGAGGAGCGCAAAGACAGCGAGGCGGAGGAACGUGCGGAUGCUGCCCCUGUCCAGCAGCGGGAAGAAAACAACAACAAUAGCACCGCUGCGGGGGAGGGGGGCGCCGCCGCCGCCCAAGAAUGACAUCACAAGCACUUGAUGAACAAUCCAUCAAGGUGUUACACUUGUAGGCAACAUUGUAGUCUGGUAAGUUAGAUAACCUUUGACAGACUAACCGUCUUUUUCUUUUUCAUCAUCGUCUUACUAGAAACUCUUCUACUUUUUUUUUUUUUAAAGACUUCUUAUUGCUCCACUUUAGUUCCUGCGGGGAGUUUCUAGUUUUUAGCGUGAGCCCGCUCGAUUCAGGCGCUUCAGCUCCACAGCGGUCGGGAGGAAAAUAGAAUAUUGACGAGAAGAAAAGAAAAAAACACCCACGCGUAGAAGUCUUGGUAAUUUUUGUCUUUUUUUAACAGCCGGAAAAAGAUGAAGUCAAAGCUAACUUGCAUGUUAGCAUUAAUUUUAACACACCCCCCCCCCCCCCAUGAUGAUUUCAUGUUCACAGUUGGGAAACAUAUUGGUGGUUUUCCCCCCCCCAUGUAAUAUUUCACUGUGUAUUUUUUUGAAUUCCUCAUAAAAAAAACUCAUACUGUCAAAAGUUUCUGCUUUUUUUAGUUUUGUAGUCAGGUGGAUAACAUGACGUAAUGCUUGCUAGUCAAUGUUAUUGCCAUCUUAUUUCAUUUUGGUUGUGUUUUUAAUUAUUAUUUUCUUUUCCAUUGAUAGCCAAAGCUUUGAAUGUACCUCCUGUUUUUUUUUUUUUUUGUUUUUUUUUUUUUUCCCAUUUCCGGGUUUUAGUGUCAUGUACUGCUUGACGAAAAAUAAUAAUAAAAAAGCAGAGCUUUGUCUCUAAUGCCUUCCUGCCAUAAAGAUUUCUUCCGAUUUUGAACUUUACCCACCCACCUCCUUUUUUUUUUAAGUCACAUAAUUGUGGUCUCAAUCUUUGACAUGUAGCUGUUAAAUAUUUUUCAUAUUGUCAUGUUUUUUUUUCUAUUUUGUUAUUCGUUGUUGGGUAACCACGUUAAAAAAGUUUAAAAAGGCCAUGUUUUAUCUAUCACAUGUAAGCAUUUUGAUGAUAAAAAAAAAGUCAAUUCAAGCCAAUAAAGUGAAGCUAUUUGGAUUUUUGUGUUUUUGACAAGAAGCUAAUUUGUAAGAUAUGCUCUUGAAAUAAAAUGUUGACCUUGUUUUUAUUUUGCAGCGCGUUGGUGUGUCUCUGAGAACUUGGGUGUGAAAAAUAGGGACCAAAAGUUGUUAGUUGGAGUGCAUUUGUAUCACGUGACUGUCAGCAUAAAUUGGGUUUAUUUGCAGGUUGACUAUACUUGUGAUGACAGUAGUUUUUGUGACAAAAUUGUCAAAUUAAAAACAGAUUUUUCACCUUU